UCAGUUGGUGGGUACAUUUUAGGGAAGGUUUUGAGCCAGCCUGUUCUGGGUCCCAGGAAGGUUUGAGGCCCCCUGAAUCCUCAGCAUACAGCAGUGGGGGGCAGGGUGGGGAGUCAGAGACUACUUACUAUUUACCACAUGUGAAGGCUGGUCCCUGUGGCCUGAACUUACUGAGCACAUAGUAAGUGGGCAGCUUGUAUGAGUUCGUUGGCUGCUCACAGACUGAGGUGGACACAGCGAGGUUUUGCUGCCUGCCCGAGGUUCCCCAGAUGAGCAACAGAGCCCCUGCUCAGAGGCCUCAGUUGGAAUAUGCCUCUGCCCAGUCUCGUCGCCCCUCACAUCAUCUGACACUUUCACUCUUUCCCAGCCCCUGACAUGGUGAUGAGUGUAUUUUAAAACAUGCAUCUAGUUUUAAAUCCUUAGCUGACUAUUUAAACCAAAAAGUUGAAUAUCCUCACUAGAGCUCCAUAAACCUUCCUGUCUGAGUUGGGAACUAAGGUCAAAGGUCCUGACAUCCCUAAGCAGGAGAGGGAGUUAGAGAUUAUUGAAGUAUGGAACCGAAGAAACUGAGGUUUGGGGGAAGCAAAGCCUGGCCCAAGGUCACAGCUGGUGAUGCUGGCCUAUUGAUCAAGGGAAGAGCUGGGUGCAGACCUGAGGCAGGAGGUGAAUGUGGCAGUAAUGCUGGGCCCCAGAGGAUUUCUUGCUCCUGAUGCUGCACAUUUCCCUUCCCAAACCACAAACACCCAGCCUGCUGUGGUCACUGGGUGGGACAAAGGUCUAGAGAGGUGGCCUCAUCCUAGCUAACACUGUUGACUCUUUGGACACCAGACCUAGCAUUGCCUUUGGCUUCAGAGGACGCAGUGUUCUCCCCUCUUCUCUAUCAACAUCUUCUGAGCCCCUUCUGGGGACCAGGUGUCAUACCAGGCACCGGAGAUACAGCACAGACAGUGAGUGCACAGCAGAGUGCACUGGCUAGAGGGGAGACGGGCAUUAGCUGAGCCUUCCCGAGGCGCCACCACCAGCACGGCCAGGCCAGCAUGGUUGACCACUUGCUUCCAGUGGACGAGACCUUCUCGUCACCAAAGUGCCCCAUUGGUUUUCUGGGUGACAGGCUGGCCGGCCGGCAGAUAUACCACAUGCUGCCGUCGCCCCUCUCUGAGGAUGACAGCGACGCCUCCAGCCCCUGCUCCUGUGCCAGCCCUGACUCUCAAGCCCUCUGCUCCUGCUGUAGUGGAAGCCCAGGCAUCAAGGGCCAGGAUAGCAUCUUGGAUUUCCUGCUGUCCCACGCCACACUGGGCUGUGGUGGUGGCAGUGGGGGUAUUGGGGACAACAGUGGUCCUAUGACCUGGGGGGCCUGGCGGAGGGCCCCAGUGCCGAUAAAGGGGGAGCAUUGCUGCUUCCCUGAAUUUCCUUUGGGUGACACCAAUGAUGUCCCCAGGCCCUUCCAGCCCACCCUGGAGGAGAUUGAAGAGUUCCUGGAGGAGAAUAUGGAACCGGAAGUCAAUGAGGCACCGGAGAGCAACAGUAAGGACCUAGAGGCCUGUGGCCAGCUCUCCUCUGCACCACACCGGAACCACCUCCAUCCUGGUGCUGGAGGGAGAGAAUGCUGUACUCCACCACCAGGUGGCGCCAGUGUGGGUGGCACCCAGGUCCCAGGAGAGGGGCCUGUACCCGAAGGCCCCAUUCCAGUGCUGCUGCAGAUCCAGCCCGUACCUGUGAAGCAGGAAUCAGGCACAGGGCCCGCCUCUCCUGUGCAGGCCCCAGAGAAUGUCAAGGUUGCCCAGCUCCUGGUGAAUAUCCAGGGACAGACCUUCGCACUUGUGCCCCAGGUGGUGCCCUCCUCCAACUUGAACCUACCCUCAAAGUUCGUGCGCAUCGCCCCUGUACCCAUCGCUGCCAAGCCCAUUGGGUCAGGACCCCUGGGGUCUGGCCCUGGUGGCCUCCUUGUGGGCCAGAAGUUCCCCAAGAACCCAGCGGCAGAACUCAUCAAAAUGCACAAAUGUACUUUUCCUGGCUGCAGCAAGAUGUACACCAAAAGCAGCCACCUCAAGGCCCACUUGCGCCGGCAUACGGGUGAGAAGCCCUUCGCCUGCACUUGGCCAGGCUGCGGCUGGAGGUUCUCGAGGUCUGAUGAGCUGUCGCGGCACCGGCGCUCACACUCCGGCGUGAAGCCAUACCAGUGUCCCGUGUGCGAAAAGAAGUUCGCGCGGAGCGACCACCUCUCCAAGCACAUCAAGGUGCACCGCUUCCCGCGGAGCAGCCGGUCCGUGCGCGCCAUGACCUAAGCGUGCCCGCCAGGCCCAACCCCGCCCCCCGACCCCAGACCCAUUUUUUAAAAAAACAAUAAUUUAUUUGCCUCCUUCAGAGGGAUGUGGCAAUGUUACCAGCCCACCUUCUGCAACCCAGGAGGUGAGACCCCAGAGCCAUCACCCACUGCCUUUCCCGGGAGGAAUUCGAGCCGCGCACCUGCUUUCCUAGGGGCUGGGUGACCGGCGCCUAGGGCUGGAGGCAGGCUUCGGUGCCUUGUGCUUUCGUGCCUUCCCGCAGUAGCCCGGCCUGUGCCACAGCCACCAGCUGGAAGCAGGGUUUGGGGGCCUGGCCCCUUUCCCACUGGGCUCCUUGCCUGGGCCAAAGCCAAUACUUGAUGCCUGGGGAAGAACUGUGCAGUUUUGAAAUUCAGUUCCCAGAGGGAGCUGUGUUGGGAAGAAGGAAGUAGGCCAAAAGUCCAGGACUGCAGUGUGGAGUGAAGGCAGCUGGUGUCUAAGAUGUUCCCCGCAGAGGGUGCGGCAAGGCUCUUAUGGCCCCUGGCCCCUGGGGCCCAAGUGGGUGAGAGCCAGAAGCCUCUCUGCCUCCUGGGGCUGAUGGUGAAUGUGCUUGAGUUCAGUGUGCAAGACAGGCAGAACAAUGAGCAACCUUUCCCCAGCCUGGGCCAUCCGCAUCUUGUUUUCCAGACAAAAGCCAACACCAGCCUCUAAGUUCACCUUCCAGAGGAGAGGGGAGCAGACUGCUCUGGGUGUGAGAGAACUAGGUAGCGCCUCCCAACCCUGAUUUAGAAAUGCAUUCCUGAUUUUGUCUAGAAAUUAAUAUCAAACUAGCUUGUUUUGACAGGUUUAUUUCACAUCCUAUGAAUGUAUGUAAAUAAACUGUACAUAGGUACAUCUACAUAAAAUAUCUUUUAAUAACAUCGACAUUUAUGUAAAUUUGAAAUUUUAAAAUCUAUAAAGCUGGUGUACAUAUGUUACAAUUAUGUAUAUUUUAUUU